GUGUUGACGGGAGAUGGUGUGAACGAUGCACCAGCACUCAAGCAAGCAGACAUCGGUAUAGCAGUGGAUGACUCCACAGACGCUGCCAGGAGUGCCUCCGACAUUAUCUUGACCCAGCCGGGGCUUAAAGUGAUAGUCGCAGCUAUACUAACAAGCCGAGCCAUCUUCCAAAGAAUGAAAAACUACACAAUCUACGCAGUCUCCAUCACCAUCCGAAUUGUGACGGGGUUCAUGCUCAUUGUUGUCAUAUGGAGGUUUGACUUCUCGUCUUUCAUGAUUCUUGUCAUCGCUAUUCUUAACGAUAGCACCAUCAUGACGAUCUCCACUGACCGGGUUAAACCGUCACCACUUCCCGACUCGUGGAAGGUCAAUGAGAUUUUCGCCACUGGUAUCGUCCUCGGGACUUAUCUAUCACUUGUUACUGUUUUGUUCUUUUGGCUAUCCUCCAGAACCGACUUCUUCCCCAGGCUUUUUGGUGUUCGAUCGAUUGUUGGAAAUGAUGAUGAGGUCACCCCAGCGCUAUACCUUCAAGUGCGCAUCAUUAGUCAAGCACUCAUGACGAGAUCUCAAAGUUGGUCAUUCCUCGAGCGCCCUAGCACCUUGCUCAUGCUCGCAUUCGUACUAGCUCAGAUACAGUAUAUGCAGACUGGGAUUUUGCAGAGAUGCAAGGGAUCAGAUGGCGGUGGGCCAGGGUAUCGGGCUCCAGAGUUACUUCUUCGGCCCAAAAUAUGGCUCUGUAGUUGGUGAGUUGAUGGGACUUUUGUAGUGAUGUUUCUUCAACCGUAUUACAAUGCUGGUGGACUUAAUAUUUUCUUCAAAAUCGCCUUGAAGCUUUUACAAUAUUUUCCGGUAAAAGGUUUUUACGAAUACACAAAACCUGCUGAUUUCAAGGCUUUUGGUGACGAAACAACUAAAUGGAUAUGAAUUGACAAUUCUUUCCAAUUAAUAUUAAUUUUCAUCAGUUAAGAAUCGAGAAUGGGAAGGGUUUGACAUAGGAUGCAUCAGGACUGAUGACAAUGAGUUUGUGGUUGGCUUAUAAGGCAGUUAUGUUGGCGUUGCUACAGAAGAAGUGGUCUACCAGCAAUCUAUUUCAGCAGCCUGCAUCCAAGACUUGCCUCGAGAAAGGAUGCUUGUAGUCUUGUACAUGUGCUAGAUGAUUCGUGAUACAACUAUUCACACCCUUAUCAAGGCAGAAUGAUUUCAAAUUUUAGACGAUCUCUUAGCUUAUUGUUCCAAUCAAUUAUGUAGUUUCUUUGAAAUCAAACAUUUUAUGGUGUUAUCUGUUGCAACUAGGCUCAUAUUGGUGAUAAGGGCUUUGUUUGAUGGCUUGAGAUCCCAUAGUGAAACUAAACGGGUAAUCUUGAUGUGUA